AUGGCGCCUACUGCAACCCAGGACCCCGUUCCUGUUUCCGUCGCUCCUUCCAAAGCAGCGCAGCCGGGCUAUGUCCACCCUACCGACAUGCUUCCUUCCGGCUGGCCUACCGCAACCGAUCUCUCGGGAGGUGCGCAGCCUCGACGCUUCGAAGGCACCAUCUUUGACGUCAUGGUACGCGGAGAGAUCCCCAAGGAGCUACACGGUACGUUUUACCGCAUCAUGCCCGACUACGCCGAGGCACCCACCUACUACAAGGGUGGAGAGCUCAACGCGCCCAUCGACGGCGAUGGCACUGUGGCUGCGUUCCGUUUCAAGAAUGGCCGAGUCGAUUUCCGACAGCGCUUUGUCGAGACGGACCGUUUCAAGAUCGAACGUCGAGCCAGGAAGAGCAUGUAUGGUUUGUACCGCAACCCGUACACGCACCAUCCGUGUGUGAGGCAGACGGUCGACUCGACGGCCAACACCAACAUUGUCAUGCACGCCGGCAGGUUCCUUGCCAUGAAGGAGAAUGGCUGUGCAUACGAGCUGGACCCCCACACGCUCAAGACACUCGGCUACAACCCUUUCAACCUGCCCUCCAAGACCAUGACCGCGCACCCCAAGCAGUGCUCCGUCACAGGCAACCUGGUUGGAUUCGGGUACGAAGCAAAAGGGUUGGCCACCAAGGACGUCUACUACUACGAGGUGGACAGCACAGGCAAAGUGGUGCACGAUCUGUGGCUCGAAUCACCCUGGUGUGCAUUUAUCCACGACUGCGCCUUGACUCCCAACUACCUCGUGCUCAUGCUCUGGCCAUUUGAGGCCAAACUCGAGCGGAUGAAGGCGGGAGGUCACCACUGGGCGUAUGAUUACACCAAGCCCAUCACUUGGAUCACCAUCCCGCGAGGUGCCAAGAGCAAGGACGAGGUCAAGUACUGGCACUGGAAGAACGGAAUGCCCAUCCACACUGCCUCUGGGUUCGAAGACGAGCAAGGUCGGAUCAUUAUCGAUUCGUCGCUGGUGCACGGCAAUGCAUUCCCCUUCUUCCCUCCAGACUCGGAGGAGCAGAGGGCAAAGCAGGAGGCAGACGGUACACCUCGGGCGCAGUUUGUUCGAUGGACCAUCGACCCGCGCAAGGACAACAAGGAGCAGCUGCCCGAUCCCGAGGUCAUCCUCGACACGCCCUCCGAGUUCCCGCAGAUCGACAACCGCUUCAUGGGCGUCGAAUAUUCGAGCGCGUUCAUCAACGUCUUUAUGCCCGAUCGCAGCGAUGGCAACAAGAACGUCUUCCAGGGCCUCAACGGUCUCGCCCACUACAAACGCAAAGAGGGCACCACCGAGUACUAUUACGCUGGAGACAACUGCUUGAUCCAGGAACCGGUCUUCAGCCCUCGCUCCAAGGAUGCGCCCGAAGGCGAUGGCUUCGUGCUAGCCAUCGUCGAUCGACUCGACGCCAACCGAAGCGAGGUUGUGGUCAUCGACACGAGGGAUUUCACCAAUGCCGUCGCUGCCGUUCAACUGCCUUUCGCCAUCCGUUCGGGCAUUCACGGACAGUGGAUCCCCGGUGAGGUCACUCCCGACUUCGAGACCAGGGGACUCGUCGACUUGCCCAAGGAAGAGCACUGGGCUCCUCCUUCCCAGAGUUCCUUUGAUCCCAACGCGUAA